CGGUCGACCGGCCGAAGUCAUCGGGACUGGGGGAAAGACUUUACCGCCGCCGCCGCCGCUUCCCUCCCGUCCGGUUUUUAACGGUUAAUACAAGAGAUUAACAUAUAAGUUUUUCACGGAUAUACCAGCUUUUAACGGCCGUGGAUUCAGUCGUUACUUUUUUCUCUCAGCGGUGUUCACAGUGUUCGUCACCCCGCGGCUGGCGGCUAGCAUCGGUUACUGCUGCUAAACAUGGUGGCCUGUCGGCAACAAGAAGCAACGAGUCCAGUUUGGGGAUUUUAGAGGAUAAAACAGGCACUUGGACGGUUCCCUCUGUAACACACAGCUGCUGUGGACACAUCACUGCCCUCGUUUUCCAUCUUUAUCCGGAGCUUUAUGGACUUGGACGUGAGGCUGCCUUUCUGUUUACGUUGUAACACUUGCAGCAGCACCGUCCGUGUUCUGUGGACCGUGGAUAAUCGUAGUUAGUUUACUUCAGAAGUUGCUAACCAGGCCUGUGUAAAGUUUCUGUAAAAGUUGCAGAAACAUGCGCUCACAGCUGGAAAAACACGUCAUAUAGCAACGCGGUUUUGUUUCAUGACCGUUGUGUUUAUAUUACGGAUGACUUGACACUCGCACAGAAAUGAGUUGGUGCUCAAGUGCAGCCUGCAGGAACUGUUUCACCCUCUGAGUUUCUUUAACAGUCCCCUCUCUGGGGGUUUGAUUCCUUGUUAAUCUGUGGAUUAUUAUGGAUUAUUAUUAUGGCCUAAUCCAAACCGCACCAGACCGGGAAUUUUGGGAAUAACCGCUGAUACUGUCGAUGAUGAUAGUGGUGAUGAUGAUGACAGAGAGAAGCGAUGGUUUCCCUUCGUUAUGAUUUUGAGUAGAGAGGAGAUAAUUACAUGGAGACUCGCCUGACAUGCCAAGGAAGGAGUUGCCACUACCUGAGGGUUGGGAGGAAGCCAGAGACUUUGAUGGCAAAGUCUAUUACAUUGACCACAUUAACCAGUGCACCAGCUGGAUCGACCCCAGAGACAGGCAGACGAAGCCUCUGACGUUUGCUGACUGCAUCGGGGAUGAGCUGCCGGUCGGUUGGGAGGAGGCGUACGACCCCACAGUCGGAGCGUACUAUGUCGACCACAACACCAAGAGCACCCAGCUGGAGGACCCGCGGGCCCAGUGGCAGCGAGAGCAGGAGUCCAUGCUCCGGGACUACCUGGCUGUGGCCCGCGAUGCGCUCAGCGCCCAGAAGGAGAUUUACCAGGUGAAGGAGCAGAGGCUCCGCCUGGCGCAGCAGGAGUACCGGCAGCUCAAUGAUGCGUGGAGGGACAAGUCAACGUCACAGACCAGCUUGAAUUCCAGAUCGUCCUCGUCGAGCAAGUAUGACCCAGACAUCCUUAAAGCAGAAAUAGCCACAGCCAAAAGUCGGGUUAACAAGCUGAAGCGGGACCUGGCCUGUAUGAAGCAGGAGCUGCAGUACAAAGAACAAGGCUUUGAGACCCUCAAAGAGAUUGACCAGAAGGUGUCCAACAGCCCGUAUGGCUACAAGCUGCAGGAGGCGCAGGCUAUCCUCACAGAGGUCCGCUCCAUCAGGGAUGCCAUCAGCUCUGGGGAGAAGGAGAAACAGGAGCUCAUGCAGAAACUCGCAGCGUUGAAGGACGGUUUCCAGCUGGACUCAGGCUCCCAGCAGGAGCUGUGGGGCAGCAGUCCCUCGCUCGCCAACUCGGAGCUGUCCAUCCCUCGGCUCUACUCGGACGCCGGCUCACAGACUGACAUCCCCGCUGAGUUCAUGACCAGCACCAACAAACUGGCAGAGAAGGUUCGUCUGAGUCUGAAGUACGAGGAGGCCAAGAGAAGGAUCGCCACCAUCGAGGUCCAGAUUGCCAAACUGGACAGCGAGGCCUGGCCGGGGCUGCUGGACCCAGAACGAGAUCGCCUCAUCCUCAUUAACGAGAAGGAGGAGCUGCUGAAGGAGCUGCAGUACGUCAGCCCCCGCCAACGCCUGCAGCCCAACGACGCAGAGAAGCUGGAGUCUGAGAAGAAACGGCUGGAGAGAGACCUGCAGGCCGCCAGAGACAACCAGAGCAAGGCUUUGACUGAGAGGUUGCGACUUCACUGUAAGAGGAACAAGCUGGUCAGAGAGCUGGAGGAGAUGGUUCGACUGGCCUCAUCACUACAUACUCAGCUCAAAAGCCUGUCGGCGAGCACGCUGUCCUGUUCGUCCGGCAGCAGUCGGGGCUCUCUAACGUCCAGCCGCGGCUCACUGGCCACCACCUCCAGCAUGGGCUCCACCUCCUCCCUCAGCUUCACUGACAUUUACCUAGAGCAGCCCGAACUGGCCGACCCGGACUUUCAGAACAAGCUGGACAGCCUCCUGCAGGAGGGCGGCCAGGGAGGCUACCGCCCCUCCAGCUCCAUCACCACCAUCCACGAACAUGAAGUGGUGACAGGCUCCGGAGGAAGGGACGCUGAGAGGCCUGGGAGCAAAGCAGUCGGGGUGGGAGGAGAUGUGGGGUGUUCUGCUGGAGGAGGCGCAGGAGGAGGCAGUGGUGUCGGAGUGGAAUCAGGGUCAUCCAGGAUACAGGCGCUCAGACUGUCAGAAACCCCUCGCUCCAUGAGCUCUUUAUCCCCGCGGUCGUCUCUUUCCUCGCUGUCUCCGCCGUGCUCGCCGAUGGUCACAGACACUAGUUUCCUGUCUGGAGAGACAUUCACAGGCCAAACAGGGCCUGGUGGGUUGAGCCUGGAUCUGGAGCUCCACAGCAGGCUAGCAGAACUGGAGCUCAGCCUGGACUCUCAGGAGCAGAGGCAGGAGGAGCUCGGGGGUCCCGGGGGGCUGGAGGAGAAGCAGAACCACAACACCACGCUGGGAGAGGAGGUCAAAGACUCGGCUCCCCAGCUACGAGGAACAGGGGCGGGGCCAAAGAAGAUAGGUGUGACCUCAGCUGUGUCUGACGAGUCGGUGGCUGGUGAUAGCGGCGUGUAUGAGCCUUCAGAGCGCAGGCCGGGCCUCCCUGCAGACCUCCUCCUGAGCUCCUAUGAGGAAAGGCUGGCACUGGGCUGCUCUCAAGUGCAGCUUGGCUUCCGCUACGAGUCCAGAGACCAACGCUUCACUAUCUACGUCAUGCAGCUGUCCAACUGCAGCACCCUGUGUCUGCCGGCUGACCAGAAAAUAUAUGUGCGCUCGGCGGUGCUGCCCUGCUUGGAGGCCACCCGCUGCCUCUUCCGAACCCGCGGCCAUCUGCCUCAGGACGUUGUGGAGGUCAACGAGGUGUUCAGCAUGCAGAUAUCCCACAGUGCACUGCGGCAGAAGACUUUGAGGGUCGACGUCUGCAACACCAGCAAGUCGGGCCAUGAAGAGUGUCUGGCGGGAGCCCAAAUCAGCCUGGCUGAUGUCAGCUGUUCGGAGGAGAGAUGCACCAAGUGGUACAACCUGCUGAGUCGCGCCUACAUGCCCGAGAUCAACAACAAGGACAAAGAGAGCAGAGCAGCCGGCGGCUCUGACAGGACUCGUGUUUCCAGCAGUGACAGCAGAGUUGGAGCUCCUGAGGACGAUGAGUGGCAUGGCGACUCUCUGGACAUGUUUGAUGAUGAAGAAGGAAAUGGCGUGGAGGGGGUGGGGCCUCUGGAGGAAGAGGACGAGUUUUAUCCUGACAGCAGCCAAUGGGAAGCAGAGGAGGAGGAGGAGGAAGAGGAGGAGAAGGUGACCAAACCUCCCCCGCCAUCACCAACCAUCACGGAAAAGGUGAACAAAGAGACGAGCAUGGAUAACUUGUUGCCAUCCCACCACUGCUCGGUGGUUCGACCCAAGGAACGCCGCCAUGACGUCCACCAGCAGAACCCCUUCAUGAGGGGGAACACCAUCAUCCGCUCCAAGACCUUCUCCCCUGGACCUCAGAGCCAGUACAUCUGCAGGAUUAACCGCAGUGACAGCGACAGCUCCACCCUCUCCAAGAAGUCUCCAUUUGUUAGGAACGCCUCGGAGAGACGCAGCAUGCGCAUGAAGAAGCCUCCUGUGCAGGUUAAAGGACUGGACGGCCUCCUGCGGACGUCCCUGGACCUGGAGUUGGACCUGCAGGUGUCUCGGACGCGGCAGGCCCGGCUGGCGCAGGAGCUGCGGGUGCUACGGGAGCUGAAGACGCAGCUGGAGAAGGCGAGGCAGCAGGGCCAGAGAGAGCUGCCGACCUGGGUCCAAGAAGACGAACGCUUCCGCCUUCUCCUCAAGCAGGCCGAGAAACAGACUCGUGAGGAGCAGCUACAGGAGAAGCGGGUGGAGAAGAUGAUGAGGGCAGCAGCCAAGGAUGUCCACAAGAUCAGGGGCCAGAGCCGCAAAGAGGUCCCCGAGGUCCAGACCUUCAGAGAGAAGAUGGCAUUCUUCACACGAGCAAAGACCAGCAUCCCCGACCUGCCGGCUGACGACGUGUAGAGAAGCAUUUCAAAGUAUUCCCCCUCCUCCCCUUCGAGUCUUAACCUGCUGUCCCCACACACAUGAAGCAAACAUUUGGCGGUGUUAUGAAGAAUUUAACAGUAAUAAUAUGUUUAGUCGAGAAAAAACACUCAAAACCGUGAAGAAACACAUUUUUAAAGAGCUCAGCAUUUCUAAUAUGGAUAGUCUUUGUUUGUAAAUUAGUGAUAGCACUGCUUCUUUUUUUUAUUAUCUUUUCCACUCUGUUUAUGGCGUUGUGUUUCUGUUACUAACCGGCUGUUUAUAGGCUCUUAGGUGUUUAAAAUCAUUCCAGCACAAAGUCACACAGCUGCACAUGUGCAUACAAAGGAUUUUGUACUAAAAUGACACAUUUGGACAAACAAAUAAAUAUAUAUGUAUAUUAAUAGCACAAAAUAAUAUCAAACAACGGUACUAAAGCAAAGUAAGCAACUUAAGCUGAUGAUAAAACAAAUAUCAAACUGAAGUGAUGUGUUUUUUUUAGAGCAUUUUAAAAACUUUAUACGCAGACAAACAUGAGCACACCUGAAGCUUGUCUUAACGUGUACAACAUUACAGCACAGACGGUUGUAAAUAAGCAUCAUUGGCAUCUUUCACUAACAUGGCACACGAUACAACAACAUGAAAGGAAAACUGGAGUUUGUCUUUGCUUUACAAACAUUUACUGAAUGAAACUGGAUCUGAUGAUCGAAGAGAAAAGAUUCUUCUCAUUCUAGGUCGAAAGUAAGAAAAAAUGAUUGUCUCUCACCAGUGACACACACAUUCAGAAAAGUGUAGAAACAGCACUAACUCUCACUAACACUCAGGUAGUUAAUCGGAUAGUCUGCACUUUAAAUAAACUUGAGGUAAAAGUAAAAAAAAAAAAGAGAAAAAAAGAAACUUGAUGUGGGUUUUUGGAAAAUUAAAAGAAAAUAUCCAAAAACCUUUGCCUCGGAUGCGCUGGAAUGAUUGUUGAUUGUUGAAGCACACAAAGAUUGUCGUAACACACACACAGGAAGUGAAGAUCAAAUGUAUUUUUGAUGACUGUGAACUAAAAGGAGUUUUAAUGUCAGACUUCCCUUCCCUCUGUUUCCACUCUGUAACUGGAUGUUUUGGAUACAUAUCUGUUCUGCAGCUGAAUGUGUAUAUUGAUCCAUGUCAGCGUGGUGCCCCAGCAACACUCACCUUUGUUUCUUCUUAUCAAGUCUUUAAAGGUGCACUAAUCAAUAUUUUUCUAUUAACAAUAGAUAAGAAAUGACUGUGUAUAAUGUGAAAGAGGUGUUUUGACGGACGAUCCCACAGAUAUUUAUCACCUGACUCCUCAGUCCUCCUCUGCUUGAGCUUUGUAGCAUCGUUUAGCUGAUUGUUUUGGUGUUACGGGCCACAACUUUACUGUAUUGAUUCAUUCCAUUGUUUCAGGCUAACACGAGAAUGUUUUUGCUGCAAAAAAAAAAAAAAGCCUAUCGUGCACCAACUUCUCAGCAGACAGCUGCAGUUAGCGAUAAGUUGGAGAUCACAGUGAAGCAUUUAGCAGCUAAAGACAAAUGAAUGAUCAUGCUGGAUCUGUAAUAGUCAACACUCUGCUAACAUGUGCCACAUAAAGUAGGGGUGCACCGAUGAUAAAAUAUGGGCCGUUACCCAUGUUUAAAAUUACAGUUAGGCCAGUAGCUGAUGCCGAUACCAAUACUGAUGUUGUUUGUUUUGUUGUUAUUUAUCCCCCUUUUUUUGCCAGGGGAAAAAAGGAACCCUUAUAAGAAAGUCAUUCAACCCUUCAUUCAUUAAAUGAGCACAAAUUCAGUCAUACAAAUUAAUGAAACAUCCUUUAAUAUAAUCUAAUUUCAAGCCUUUUUAGCCUGCUAUAUAACUACCUAUACGUACACUAACUGUAACUGCUAAAUUUAAGCAUCUCUGCCUCGUUGCAGCUGAGUUUGUUUCUCUUCUCAUCCCAGAUGUGAGACGCAGAGCUGAACAGCUGCUCACUGUCUGUGCUGGUGCGUGGAGCACAUGGGUAUUUGCAUACCAUUUGUGCCAGUACGAAAACAGAGGUGAUGAUUUCUCCAGUAUGCGAGUGCGGUCACGUCUGUGAGACAGUGUAUUAUCAAUAUUUAUUACAAUUUAUAUACUGUCCUGCAACAAAUUGUGAAAAGAAAUAUAUUCACUGAGAUAAAAUGUUGUCGUUAUCUAAAGACCCAUGUGCUAUAUUUGAUCAAUAGGCCCUUGUAAUAAGGUGAACGUAAUGUUUUUAAGGAUGCAUUAUUUUUAAGAUUGUGUACUGUGCUGGUACACUGCAAAAUCACCACAGUGACUGACAAGUCUAAAGUCUAAUCAAUCAAUACUGCAUGUUUAUACAUGUAACCUUCAUAGCUAUGUUUAGCAUAUAGCAUAUUAAGAGUUCUACGAAGUGCGGGUGUCCCGUGGGUGCAAAAAGGUUAAAAAAUGUUCUGAAAUAAGUGGAUUUAGAGAAUCAGUGCCCUUCAGGAACUUAAACUCUCUUAAAGUUCCUCCAAGCAGCAUGAAUGAAUAAAUACUUAAGGACUCAAACAUAUAUUUUUACCAAUAUCUUUAGAUAAUUGAAGAUGACCCGACUUGCCAUUUCAUCUAUCAAACAUUAAAAUCCCCUCAUGCUGUUAAAUGUGAGCCCUUGCUUAGUAACCUGGCUUAAAAUCAGAGGAGAAAAUGUGUUUUCAUAUUUUUGUCAGAGUGCAGAAAAAGAUCCGACUUUAUCUGUAUGUGCAGGGUGACUCUUAUUCUACACCUCUGACACGACAGUGUUAACCGUUUGUGCUCCUGCGGCGUGAUUUCUAUUCAGCUCAGUGAAGGCUUACUGACGUCUGAGUCUGUUUCCAGGGCAACCCGACUUAUAAAUCAGCAGCAGACCUUGACUCUGGCACAUCUCUUGUUUACUGACUCUUUGUGUUUGUACCUGGAUGUUGAGCAGCUCCUGUAUAACUUGUCCUUGGUGCUUUUCUCAACAUUUAAUCUGCGUCACAGCAAAAACUCCUCAGCGGAUAUAUUUCGUGUUUCUAGACGCUGUAAUCGUUUGAAUCCUCCUGAUCAUCACUGGACACGUGUAGAAGACGUGACAUCAUGUUUAGAUUAAACAGAUUUGAUCUUGAUAAUGACCUUUGGUUAUAGUGUCAGACGGGAGACAUUUCUCUUCAGUCGCUGUUUUAUACUGACUGUCACCAAUCAUACAGAGAGAAAUCCAUCAGAGGAGAUUCACAGAGGCCAAUUUAAACACCUGCAGGAGCAGAAAAUAGACCAGCAUGCAUUGCAGCUACAAGACAGGUUUAGUUUUCAAUAAGAACUGGACAAGCUUUCUUAUUUCUUUGCCUACUACCUCAUUGUUAUGACCAGUUUCUUAUUAUGUUUCUUUCACACAAAGCGUAGUGACAACAGUUCAAAGACUAAUUUAACUGCAGAGGGUGCUGUGUAGGCAGUUUACAAAACUAACCACAAGAGAGAUAUAUAAUAUAAAUAGAUUAAAGAAAAGGAAUGCAACAAGUUGUUAAAAAGCACUCUGGGAAAUGUAGUAAAUGGCUAAUGCUGAAAACUUACCAAGCAGUGGUGAAGCACUGUGGUGAGCUGCCAUGCAGUGUCUGCAGCAAAGUGCGGCAAAAAUUAAAAGUUGGGGAUAUUUUAACUUCUAGCAGUUAGUUGCAGCCAGAGAAUACCUGCAGACAAUCAGUGCACUGAGUCAUAUCACUCCUGGGACAUGUUGACCCAUGUUACAAAAUAUUUCUUCCUGCCUGAAACACAUGAACACACCUGUUGUAAAAUGUAAUUAUUGUGGUGAGCCACUGCUUGGUGUUUUUUUAGCGUAAUUGAAGUGGAAGUAGGCAGAUAGAUGGAAGAGGGGAAACCCACUCCCAAGUAAACUGCACCCACUGGACAUGAAAUAAUGACACAUUUUGGACAUCACAGAUUGGAAACAAGUCGAGUCAGUUUCAGUGUUGUGGCUCUAAAUCAACAGGAACAGUCUGACAUCCAACAAGGAAACAAAAUGAAGGAAAAACUAGAAGGGCACUCAGAGAGCGCAGACCUCCGCCAAGGCUAAAUGCUCUAUUUCACAAUGUUAACAAAAGCGAAAAAUAAUUAGUGCAGCCACCCCUUGCUUCAGAGCCGUUCUAAAAAUUUUAAUGGAUUGUUCCUUGGCCCGUGCUACAACCUUCCACCAAGUUUCAUGAAAAUCAAACCAGCAGUUUUUUGGCAACAGACAAAGAAACAAACUGUCCUUGGUUGAGGUAUCAAGGCAAAGUAGCAAAAAAGAAACACAACAUAACAGAGCAGCUGAAAAAGAAAUGAAAAGUAACAUUGAUAUUUACUUGUAUAAAAGUGGCAAACUCUAAUGUUUCUCCAACAUUUCCUCUUUGGGGGGAUGUAAUUGAAAAGUUUACAGUCUUAAAGUGGACCCACACCUGUUAUAUUUGUUAUUUCAUUGAGUCAUAUUCAACAUAGUGUCUCGCCCAGCCUUAGAAACUCCACGCUGCUUCACUGGAAAAAAUCUGACAGAUAAACUGAGGUCAUGAACUGCUCGUCUCUGUGGCGCCUGCGCUGUCAUCGUCCGUUUCCUUCUUGCUGGGUCACCAUGCUGAACAUGUAUUUUGGGUACGUUAGGUGCUUUGGAUAAAAGUGUCCACCACAUGACACAAACCCUUCAUAUCAUCAUGUCUCCAUUCCUGGUGUGAACACGAAUGUAGCUGACGAAAACCUCUCUUUUGCUGUCAUUCCAGAUGUUUCUCUGACUCACUGUUUGUAGAUAAACAGCAGCUCAUGAAAUGCUUGAACUGUAGAUUUUUUUUUUUUUUUAGUAGUUCAUGUGUUGCUUUCAGUGUGUGUAUGUUUAAGACAAACAGAGGAAGUUGAUUUUGGCCUAUUUUCCUUGCUAGCUGUCUCCACUUCCUGCUCCUUUGUUUUCCCACAUCACCCUCCGAUCCUUCAGUGAUCUCCAAAAAGUCCCAAAAAAUCAAAGUCAGCCUUGUUCUCUGAUAAUCAAAUACUGUAAAUGUUUUAAAUCUGCACAAAAAGAAAGAUAGUCACAACACGUUCAGGUAGAUAUAGGAAUGUUUUGCACAAGAAUGAUGAAUAUCACACAAUGACAUAAUCAAACGACACUACAGCUCUUCGCCCGUCACCUAGACAAAGACGAAAAACUUGAUGGGAACUGAAUCGAAUGCUGUGAGGAUGUUCACACUGAGGCUGCGUUCACACUGCAGGAACUAAAUGUUUGAUUCUGGCCGACAUCAGUCUGAACAGUCACAUGUCUCAACUGAACAACGUACAAAAGAUCAAUACCAAAGAUUUAACACCGGAUACUCAUGAAGAAAUACACAAACAGAAAUGGAAACAGUGGUCCAAAUAAAUCCUAAAGCCAAUAGUUUGAGUGCUGUAAAUUUCGUCAUUUGCUCAUGUUUGCUGUGUGCAUUCUGUGCACACCUACAACCAUGCUGAGUAUGCAUUCAUGCCAUGUACUAUGAACAGAACCGUAUGUCUGUUUUGCAGUAUACUGGGAACUUAAAGGGGAACUACACCCAUUUCUAUGUUCUAAGACAGUCCAAAAAUAUCAGUAAACAUGAUCAACUCUCUCCCAGAUCCAAACACUGGAGUGCUAGAACUCAAAUCUGUGAUGCCAUAGGGUAUAAAGUCUGGAGCUGCUCCGCUGAUAUGAAUUAGGAAGAUACUAUAGAUGACACGAGGUGCACCAGGGAACUUUCCUGGGCACACUGUCUUUUUCAGAACUGAAAACAUUACAACAAAAUAAAGCUCCUUUUGGUAUAAAAAAGGAAAAACCUUUAGUGGGUCCAUACAAUCUGUCUCCCAUUCAUUAUUUAUGGGGCGGCUCCAGACUUUCUACCCUAUGACAUCACAAGUUUAGGACUCACUUCUCUAGUUUCUGCCUUUAAUAGAGAGCAGCUCAUGUUCACAGAUAUUGUAUGAACUUUCCAAGGCCAUAGAAAUAACAAUAGUAAUAAUAAUCUGCUAUUAUGCGAGAUAAAAGAAAAGGCAUAAUAUCUCCUUUAAAUGCAGGCGGAGUAGCAUAAAAUGGAAGUUUUUGAGUAACUGUACUUCCGAUUUAUUAGGUACACCUGAAUAAUCUAAUGCAAUCCAGGAUAACUGAUCUGCCGUCAAGUCACGUGGUGUUUCUGAUAAAUCGGACCCCCUCUUGUCUAUAAAUUACAAGGACAAAAAUCAUUUUAAACACCUUUUAAUACAAUUUAAUCGACUUUUAACACGACAUUAAACUAUGACCUCGCUAGUAAACACACUGUAUAACUGAAUUUCUAACAAAACAUGAUAUCAUAAACUAUUUAAAGGUAGAAUUCAUAGCUGAGCUGCUGUAUUGAAACACAGUGGAUUAUACAGGUGUACCUAAUAAAGUGGCCAUCGAUAUUUAUGGUGCCUUUUAUAACGUCUGACCAAAACUUUCGCAUUAACUCUGGCCCACUUCCAGUUUUAAUGACAUCAGCUGAUCAGUGACAAUCGUCUAAUAGAAUAAAAUAAAUGUGUUGUAGCUUGUUGCGUCUGAUUAGAGCGUCUUUGUCUGAACUCCUAUCCAGCAGCUUUUAAACACAGUAAGGUCAGCUUGAAAUCAGUUUCUUCCUCUGUAGCAACAUUUUGGAUAAUAAUGUAUCCUGACGGUGCUGUCAAAUGUAACGCACAAGGAUUUUGUAGCUGCUGCUGAUGCUGUAUUUGGCAUCAUUAACAGCUCACUCUCUUGACUGAUCCCAGCACUCACCAGGAACUGUUGUUGUUUUCCUCCAGUCUGAAUCCUUGUAUGUUCAUUUAUUUUUUUUAGUCUUUUUUUCCGAAUACACCUGAACGUCUCACUUUUCUCUCCACUGAAUCACUCCACUGCCGUGACGACAAACUGGAGCAAACAAGUGAAUUCUGAUCCGACUGUUCAGACCGAGGUCACAUGGCCACAGUUCUCGUGUUUAGUUUUUGUUAAAGAUGAACAUAUGUAAGAGUCAUAUUCAGAUCAGGUUUCCUCCUGCACUGUGAAUGCAGCUCUGAACUCUGACGGGGCUGAGGGUUUUACUGUAGCAGGAACACUGUGAAAUGAAUGAAAGCCUUUGGAGUUAUGUGAGAGAGUGUGCCUUUUGGAGCGCAACAUGUAAACUGUUAUUUUUAUUUCUGUUUUUUUUUUUUUUUAAUUCUUUGUCUUAAAUGUCCAAACCUGGCCGCCAUCGUCUGAUCCGAAAGAAGCUGGAAAUGUAGAAAAACGUUUGCAUUAAUUUUCCUAAUGUAAACAGUUUGUUUGUUUGUUUUCCUCCACUGUAGAGCGAGUAGUUGUAAAGAAUAGGACUCUGUGUAGUCUGAGCAACAGUACUGUCUGUUUUAAAGUCCAUUGAACUUUGUCAUGAUCGACCGAAUGUUGUUUAACCUCUAAAUCAGACUCAUUUAUAUGUAACAUCUGAAUGAAGGAAUGUAGGUUUUUGCUACGAGAAAUCACGAUCAUUCAGAGAAAUAAACAAAUGCUGUUAGUCACAAAUAAUUUUUUUUUUUUCAUCAUGUAGGUUGUGAUAUAAUUCUUGUUUGUUUUUUGAAGUUUAAGUGCAUUUUUUCUUUAUUUGAUCAUUGUUUUUGUUUUUUUUCUAAUGAAUCUGUUUGUAUUACGACUGGUGAUGAACCUGGUAAUGUGUAUGGAGGCGGCUAUGAGAAACAUACAGCAUGUAUUUAUUGCACUUUGUGAUUUGGGUGUGCUUUUCCUGUUUUUUUUUUUUUUUUUUUUUUU